AUGCUGUCCGUAGCAUCACUACUCAAUCCUGCUAAGUCAGAACCGCGAAGCACUCGGAUACCAUCAAGUCCUCCACCAUCGCUGUGCACCUCAUCGUCCUCUUAUGGACAUCCUCUCUUACCCAUUCAAUCCUCAUCCAUCAAGAAACAGAAGAUGACUAAGGACGGCGCAGUGUUCGCCAAGGGUAAGAUUAAGGGCGACGUAAACUUUCCACCGUUUGAGCAUCUGAGCGAAGAGACUAUGCGAGGGGUCCAAAAAUUUCAGGUGUAUCCGCUUGGUAAAAUUCAGGAUUAUUGCCGCCAUAUUCCUUAUAACAGCGAGAAAAAGAACUUUUUAGAAAAGACUGGUCGAGAGAGCUUCGAAGUCUUUCAGUACAUAUUCAAAGUUCCAGGAGAUGACAAGGAUUACACUGUUAUGUGGGAUUAUAAUGUUGGGCUUGUUCGCAUCACUCCUUUCUUCAAGUGUUGCAAAUACUCUAAGACAACUCCAGCGAAGAUGCUUGGUUUGAAUCCAGGCCUAAAGGAAAUCACGCACAGCAUCACUGGUGGCGCUCUAGCAGCACAAGGUUACUGGAUGCCCUACUCAUGCGCUCUCGCCGUUUGCACCACCUUCUGCUCCCACAUCGCUCCAGCUCUAAUUCCCAUCUUUGGUCCUUCUUUCCCCUCUCUAUGCGUCAAUCCCGAUGCUCCAGAACACGGCCGAAUGAUCAUCGAUCCUAACAUCAUCCAUGCUGCCACCGCGGAAGCUGAAUCUUACCGCCUCCAAUACACAUCCUUUACCCCCAAGUCGUCAACCAGCGUUACACCCCGCGAUUCCGCCAGCCCACAACAACAAAGUUCUAAUUAUCUUGUGCGCACAAAUACAAUGACGCCACCUACAAGUUCAAGCAGUCAUCUCGAGCGAAGACUCAGACUCAAGAGAACGUACGGGGGUGAAACUCCAUAUGCAGAGAGUAGUACUGAUCACGAUGCUGCGAGCGAGACGUCGAGUGGUGAUGCGGGAUAUUUUUGUUCGCCGGUGACGCCUACGUCUGGUCUCGCGGUUGCAAAUUGGGGGGUUCACACACGAUCCCACCUUCCUAAUGGUCCUUCACAUUCUCUUUCGGCGGCGAUGAAUCAUCAUCAUCGUCAUCAUCAUCAAAAUGUCAACUCCCACUCUGCUAAUUCGGGAAUCAAUAUCUCUGGCAUGGGAAUGGGGAUGGGGAUGGGGAUGGGGGGUCAUUCUCACGGUCAUGGUCAUAAUCAUAAAUUGAUGAGUACCCAUACGGGUGUGAACGGCACGAUGGUCGUAGGCCCCGGCGGUACAAACCCAUGGUUAAGUGCCAUUCCACGAAGCAUAAGUGGGCUCGCCGACAUGACUGGAUGGAGAGCCAAGCGACGCGCUGAAGAAUUCGAAGAAAUUACUCCUGAUGACAGAGAAAGAGAGAGAGAGAUCCAGCGUCCUCACCCCGCAGACGAAGAAUACGACGGAGAAGAAAGCGCCAGCGCUACUGGCGAUGAGAAGAGUCCCAGCCGAGCCGAAGGCGACGAUCAAACCGUUGGACUUAGCACUCGUCGUACACCCAAUCGAGCAAACGUAGCAGAAGGCGUGAACAUCAUGCACAACCAAAGCCAAAGCCAAAGCAGCACCGAGACAAAAGAUAAAUUCUCCGGGGAAAAAACAUCCAUGGCUGUAGGUGAUGAAAAGAAAGCAGCAUGGCUUCUCAUGAAACUCAGUGUGAAGGAUGGUGAAGCAGGUGCUGCGUUGCCCAUGGUACCUAGUGCAUCUGUGUUCAAUACACCGACGAUGGGGUGUGUCAAGUGGUGUAAGGAUGAGGUGGAUAGUGAUGGGCCGAGGGUUAAGAGGAGGAGAGCUCUUAGUAUGUGA